AUGCCUCCAAUUUACAUUUUAAAUAUCUAUGCUCACUCUGAUAACUACAGGGCGAGAAAUCACUUGUUCGACCAAAUCAUCAGUCUCCUCAACUCCAUGCCUGAGAUGAUCUCUUCUCUCAUCAUAGCCGGUGACAUGAACUGCUGCUUCGACUCCACAAGUCAACGCUAUAAUCGCCAAACUGGAAAGCCCAAAAGUUUCAUUGAAUUUUUGAACACUCACUUUUCAGAUUGCUUGAGCCAACCAAAUCUACCGCAUGAUUACACUUUUAGACGUGGAUCGUCUCUUUCCACUCUCGACUAUAUGUUUGCAGGCCGUGAUGCUUUCUUCAAAAUGAGUGAUGAUGAUACCACAUUUCUCUCUCAAGAAUGGACAGACCAUGCCUUGUUAACCAAGACAUACACUAUUGGCAUGACUAACUGUGGUAAAGGUGUUUGGCGGGCCAACCCCUUGUGA